CGCUUUAGAGCCAGCCGCGUUUCAGCUGAAACUUGAAACGCGGUUUCAGUGACUAUCUUGCCGGUUCCAGCGCAAAUUCUCGGGACAGAUCCAGGCUUCGCGCGCGCUUUUGCUCUACAAGUUUUUCGUGACAUUUUUGAGAAAGGACGCGUGUGGUUUUUGGCCGGACUUUAUAACGAAAUAAUAAAAAGAGAAAAAUAUGGGAGUGCUUUAAAUUAAUUUGGGGUGUCAACAAAUUUAGGAAACAUGAAUUCGACAUUUUUUGAGAAAUAUGGUCAAGAUAUGGUCCAAACUAACCUAACCCUUUCAGAAGAAGUCGUACAGGGUUUCCUCAGAAAGAACAAUUUUGCUGUUGUUGGACUGUAUGGUGUGCUCUUUCCUGUUGCUGUUAUUGCCAAUGUAUUGCUCAUCGUCACUGUAGUUAGAGAUAGAUUCAUGCAAAAUGUGACCAACUAUUUCCUAGUGAAUUUGUCGGUGGCUGACCUGCUGGUAGCUGUAAUUUGUAUGCCCACAGCGGCAUGGAGGGCAUAUACCGAUGAUUUCAGAUUUGGAGAGUUUACCUGCAAGAUCUCUGUUUAUUUGCAAUGUAUAGCUGUAGCCAGCAGCAUAUUUACCAUCACAGCCAUGGCUGUAGACCGAUCUACAGCCAUCAUCAGACCGUUCUUUCGCUGUUUCAACAAGACCACCACCAUUCUAGUGAUCAUGUUCCUAUGGACGGCAUCCCUGAUACUAUUUUCGCCGAAUUUGUGGAUAGCAAGUCUAUCGAUAAUAUCAGUACAGUACAGUAGUCAUAACAGCACCUCCGAAGUAGCGAUGUGCAGAAUGGACUGGGCAGAUUUUCCAGUACCACGGCACGUGAUUGGGAUUAUAUGGUUUACUUUUAUGUUUGCUGUUCCGGGAUUUAUCAUGACCAUCGCAUAUGCUAUGAUGGGAAAAACCCUAUGCACUCCGAUUCCACAAUUUGAUAACACCGAAUCGGCUUGUAUACAGCAAAGGAACCGAUUGAUGAAAUCCAGAAAAAGAGUUGCCUGCAUUCUUCUACUCCUCGCUUUCGUCUUUGCGGGAUGUUGGUUGCCAUACCACAUCAUGAGCCUCAUCACGGAUACAACCACCCAGGCAGUGGUAGAGUACAGGGUAGUAGUACAGAUGGACACCAUCAACGCUUACUUGUUACUGUUGGGCCACGCUAAUUCUGCGCUAAACCCUAUAAUUUACUGCGCACUGUCGCGAAAUUUCCGAAAUUCCAUCAAACAGCUGCUCAGAACUAGGAUCACAUUUCGGAAGAGGCGAAACCAAAUGAAUAACUUGGCUUUGGACAGUUCCGGCUCAGGCUUUCUAGUACCCUCACUUCGCAAGUCAGUACCUCUCCUAAAUCAGCACACAAUUAAUAGAUUAAGAAGGCAGUCAUCAUCUCAGAAAACAACAAAAACUUGUGCGGUGUAAUGGUCUAGUCAAUCAACAAGAGACAGUGAUAAUGUUGAAGGUUGUCGAUUUUUUCUACUUAGAUGUAAUUUUUUAAGAUGAAAACCAACUAAGAAUACUUGUUACUAUUUGUAUCCAGAGUAUCAUAAGAAAAUGUUAAAGAAAAAGCUAAUAUACUCAUAGUUUUUGUAAUCAGUGUUUGUUAUUACAGAACAUUGUAAUAUUGAACAAGAUUACAGUUUUUGGUGUUACAACAACAAAAUAAAACACUAAUUUACCACAAUACACUUACAAUGUUGAGCAACGCAAGGUUUAUCCGGUCUACCAUAUCUUAUCUGAGCCAUAUGUUCUUUAAAUCUUAUUAAUAUUAAUCUUCUACUUUGCCCAACAUAUUUCUGACUACAAUCUCUACAUGACAUCUCAUAAAUACCCGACCUUUCCAGGAGGAGGUGUUUUAUCUUUAGGAUUACCUAAUAGUUGUUGUAAUUUAUUAUUAGUACUAUUACACAAGUUUAUAAUUGACAUUCUUAAAAAUUAUUCUUAUACCACGCGAUAACUCUCUAUCAAAUAGUAUUGAAAUAUAUUUUGACGUAUCUUUCUUCACUUGAAAAGUCGAAUUUGCAGAAAUCGAUAACUUAUUCCUAGGUUUUCUAAUUAUUUUAUCAACUAAUGAAGGAGUAUAUCCAUAAAACUCAACAACUGAGCGCCUAUAUAAACGCUCGAUUUGUAGAUAUUACUUUAGUUCUAAUCAUCUGCUGAUUAUGCUAGUGUUUUAGUGUAUUGUGGCGCAUUAGUGUUUUAUGUGUUGCUAUUGAACAAAGUGUCAAUGUCAUCUCUAAUAUAACUUUAAAUAUACUACUAGACUAAAUAUUAGAAAUAUUUUAUUGUAAAUAAAUUUAAAACAUAAUAUAUCGCGUACUUGUUCUAAAAAACAGUCGUUGCUGCAGCUUCAUUAAGCUAUCAAGAAAUUUAAAUAUUGUUAAUAAUGGUAAUAAAUAAUAACUAUCUUCUUUGACAAUAGAUGUGUUUUACUGUUGAUGAAAGUUUAUAAAUAUAAGAAACAUUCUUAAAUGUCCGUAUAUCUAUUUUUAAAAUUAUUAAAAAAGAUUGAUGUAUACGCAUGUUGCUUUUUAAGUUGUUUAUAAACUAUAAAUAAAAAAAAAGAAAAUAUUAAGUAUUGCAAUACGCAUUUUUAUUACAGAAAUGUUUGGCGGCAAAUUUUUAAGUUUUAGCUAUAAUAAGGGUAUAUCAAGAAGUAAUGAGAUUAAAACUAAUUUAUACCAGGGUCAUCUUAUAUGAUGUCUUCAGAACUUCUAAUUUAGUUUUUAAAGUGUAUAUAACUUGUAAUUAUUAUAUUAUAUGAAUGUAAUAUACUGUUUUAAAAA